AUGAACUUAGUUUUUGAACUGAAUGAAGAAGUUGAAACUGAAAAUGGGGAAUCAGAGAUCACAGAUGAGGAGCUAGAACCACCAGUUCCUGUCACCCUGCCGGAUCAUGCAGCGGAUGCUCUUGAUGUGAGUCCAGAAGAAGAAGUUUUACAAGAUCCAUUAAUUGAUGUUCCUGAUUCUUGGAUAUACGUCAGAGAUGCUUCUGACCUUCGCAAUUUCAGUUCAUCGGAAAUAACUCCUAAUUAUUCUUUCUCUAGCCGGUCUUUACAAAGCUCUUCAUAUGAUGUUCAAGGAAUUAGUGAUGAAGAAUCAAUUCACCCAAUGCUAUUUCAAGAAUCACCAGAGGACCCACCUCACAUAGAUCCGAGGCAAAGGUGGAUUGAAGAAGCAAAGCAAAAAGUUGAGUUACAUAUCCAAGAAGUUCGCAGAUGCAGAAAAUUAAGGAACAGUGAAGUGACUACAGAAGCCGAUUCCAACAAGCUCAAAGGACGUAAUAUGGUUAUGGCUCCUGGUCUUGUAAUCGUACCUCACGUGCGUCAUGUAACUGAUAUACCCACAGUAGCCAACAUUCCUAUUCCAAAAAGUCCGCGACGAGCAACUGUCAAGACUAAAGUGACAAAGAAGACAUACACCCGGAGCAUACCUAAAUUAAAUUUGAAACCACGCCCAAGACCUACUGUGGCUCAUGGUUCGGAAUGGGAACAGUGGGUUCUUGAAGAGAAAGCAAGACUGGAACAGCACAUCUUGGAAGUCCGUCAAAGCAGGAAACGUAGGGUUGAAGGAACAUCUGAUCUUAAGAAUAGUUGGCAUGUGAUUGAAGCAAUGCCCCAUGAUUCAACACAAGUCCAGGAAAACAACAGUGUAAUGAGGGAAUUAAGGGCAGUAAAGUCAGUUGAACCCACAGAAGAAAGCAUUCCGAGGAGAAGAAUGGAUGACAUCAGAGGACGGGGAAGAGGAAGAGGGAGGGGACGGGCAAGAGGGCGAGGGCGUGGAAGAGGUCGUGGACGAGGGCGAGGGAGGCACGAACAGCCUUCCAAAAAUAACUCCAACAAAGGGGAAUCAUCAGACACAGGUGAUGGAUGACAAGUGACCGCGGAAGAUACAAGCUAGUGAAGAGCAAUGGUAGAUUAUAAAAUAAGAAAAGAGUAGUUAGUCGAUAUUGCUUCAAAUCCCAGACUAAUUAAAGCCAUCAUCGUAAUUCACUGCCGCAAACAUCCAAGGCCUUUUCUAAAGCAAUGGUCCCCAACUUUUAUCUUUCGUGAUACACUUCAAAAAAAUACCCUCAUUUUGAAAAAUAUGGAUACCCUAACAUACAGACAAUAAACAACUUUUGUAAUAUAGAUCAGGAACCAGCAAAAAUACAGUUGCCUGUAGCUAUUGCGUUUGCACAGGAUAAUUUUAAAAAUUGUAUUACAAAAUAGGCUUUGGAAGAAUGAGCAGGAAUCUAAUUCAUGUUUUAUAUUGUGGUUUUGUGAGCAGGCUGUGUGCGUCAUAUUGAUGCUGUAUCACAUAUUUAUCCAUUAAGUGUAUUCCUUUGCUCCAAACUAAAAUCCUUUAAGUACCCUCCAUUCUUUUUUUUUUUUAAUUUAGAUUGUAAUUGUUUACCAACAAAUAUGAAUAUACCCCACUGUUUCUGCCUCUAAUCUGAGAACCUGCCAGUGACGCAAAGACUUCUCUUACUACAUGAUACAUUUAUUAGAUCACUUCAUGAAGAUAGACAGCGGUGCCUCAGUUCCUCGAGAUAAAAAGUGUCUUAAGUUACAGAACAAUCAGUCUUACGUUACUGUGAGUUAGUGAGUGGUUAAACGAGUCUUAAGUUACAGUACAAGACAAGUUUAUUUUCUGUGUUAGAGUUGCAAUCUAGCUUGAAGAAUAUAAAAUGUAGCAUUGUAUUAAAACAAUAUGUUCUCAUAUGAUGAACUGAUUGCAAUGCUGCAUCAUUAUAAUGCACAUGAUCUGCAUACUUCUGACCACAAGUAAACAAUGCGCGCCAAUUCCUCCCCAAAAGAGUUAAUGCUUCCAGAAAAAUCUUGCAUGAAGCAGUCACCUACAGACUGCAAUACUUGCAUUUUCAUGUUCCAUGUGUGUGGUCAGUAUGUGCCUAAAGUUUUCACAUAGUCUUGAAGACCCAGAUGUGUGACAAACUCUUGUGCUUUUUGCUGUUACCAUGAGUUUCAUGAGAACAUAAAAAAAUAGUACAAUAAGUUGUAAAUGCUCAGGUCCCACUGAUUAAAUGUUGUUCUACCAAAUGUUCAUAUAUUCUGUGGUUUGGUGCAAGAACCAAUUACAGCAUUGACUUGUAUUACUGACAUUGGUGGAUUUUGCCAUCAAUCCAAAAAAUUCAAGCUCAGAUUAAUUUGAAAAUUAGAUUUUAUUAAUUUGAUUUUUCUAUAUUUUUGCCUUUAGUAGACUUCUAGAGUAUAUCAUUUCCCAGAUUUGGAAUCAUUGCUCAUGGUUCUGACAGUUCUCAUUGUUUGUUUUCAAAUUAUUUUUUUUCAAACCAUCACACAAAAUAACAAUCUUAAAAUGUAAUGUUUCUUUCCUUAUUGGCUUUGCUGUUCUCCUUAAUAGAUAUUUACAAACAAAGGAUAUUUCUACUUUAAUAUCAAAAGGCAAAUUGCUCCAGAACUCCUGCUAGGUGUUGAGGCAUUUUAAAUCUUAUAAGGCCCAUGGUGCAUUGAAAUGUUUAUUUUUUACUGAACAUUGCAAUCUUGUUUUGCCCACUUAUUUUCAUGUUCUCUCUCCACAUUGAGAAAUGCAUCUUCUCAUAAGCCUUAAAAUGAUGCAUGAUAUCUUGUUUUUUCAAUUAUGUAAUGUAUCAACAUUAUAAGUCAAAUAAAAGUUCAGUAAAAAAUAAAAUGUUUCUUUUUUUAUAUACAAUUUGCAUUCUUCAUAGAUUGCCAUUGCUCGCAUUGUCUUUCUUGUUGUUGUCUUUACAUUUCAAGAGAUAGUAUAAUUUAGUUUAUUUUCUCUCAAAUUUUAUUAUUUGCUGCCAAUAUGUAAGUUUUUUUAAAAUUUUGUGGAAAUUUGUUUCCAUCUCCUCAAGUGCUGGUUGAAGCAAAAUUAUAUCUAUACAGAGACGUCCUAAAAAAUAAAUUCAGGUAUUCGUUAUUAAAAAAUAAUAUUUAUCCCUCCCCCCUCCACCCCCACCGAAAAAUGAAUCAAUUUUCUUUACAAUCUUCUGUUCAAUUUAUCUACUAAUUAAAACCAAUUGUAAAGUUUCAUUAUAUUUUUUCUUUCGUACUUAGUUAAGUUAAUCUUCAUUUUUCUUUUGAUUGAAUCACUCCUGUUUUCACUGCAGUAGACAAUUAUUUAGUUUCUUUGAAAUGUAAAUAGUAUGUGAGAUUUCACAGUUUGAAAAACAUUACUUCCAACAUUGGUUCACUUUUUGUCCAUGGACUGAUUGCUGAUCACUUACCAUAUUAUGAACAUUACAUUUAAAUAACUCCUUUGUUUUACAAUAAAACAAGUAAUAAUGUACAGAAUAUACCUGAUUUCUACAGAGGAAACUGGAAAAAUGAACAUUCAGGGUGGUGGGCCAAUAAUUUUUAAUGACCUCUUAUUUCUUUGUAUUAAAUUUUGAAAGUGGCCAUACCCCUAGUGCCCCGUCACCAAAAAACACAUUUACCGUAUAUACCCGAAUAUAAGACGAGUUUUUUUAUUCCUAAAUAUCUCAUUCAAAAAUUCAUCUGACAUUCGCAGAUUAAGCCUAUUUGGUUUGGAUUUGCUUUACUGUGAAUCUACCGUUUGCAAGGGAUGUAAAUGAAAAAAAUCACAUUGUCAGAAUACACAUUCUUCAUCCAACCGCAGAGACGGGACAAUAAAAAAAAAUCUUGGCAAAAAAUUCCCAAACUUUUGAAACUUCGUUCUCUCAUUGACACUCAGAUGUUUGUGUAGCUCAGUUUGAAAUUAGACCUCGCGAAUUUAAAGUAAAAUGAUCGAAGAUAAGGCCACGGACACGCAUGCCAGGAAGAAAAUCUAGCAACGCAGUUUAGAUGCCCUUGGAUAGUGUCAGAUGAAAGACAAAGAAUGCAGAUGUAAAGCACAAAGGAUGGGGAGCAAAACAAUCAGACGGUGACCUAUAAUGGGAGAAGGGCUAGAAAUAAUGAAACACGUGGAGAUGAAGAUGGCAUUGACAGAAAUUAUUAUGAUGAUGAUAAUGUCAUUCAAGAGCAAGAAAAUAGAGAUAACUCAGGCAAAAUAUUUUAAAAUUUCCAAGGCUGGUUUCUGGUCAAUUACUCAAUCUGCUAUUUUAUUUUGACUAAGUAGUUAAACACGUUUAGUUGGCAAUUAGUUAAACAUUUUUAAAAUCCUUAGGCAGCCUCUGAAGCCAAGGGAUCAUCUUAUAUUCAAGUAAAUAUGAUAUUUACUUCACUCAUUCAAUUUAUCUUUAAUUUACUACACAUGUUAAGAGUCAUGAACGAUGCAGUUGCCUAAUUCUAAUGUUCAUGUUUAUUUUGAUUUUCUGGAUGUUUUGGUGGGAAAGGAUAUGACAACAGUGAUUUGCCCUCUGAAUCCACUAUUGUGAUCUCUCUGCUCUAGUGAUCAACACCUAACAAGUGGAUUGGCUUGCAUUUGAUAUUACCUGAAGACCAAAUCCAUCCUGUAUUAUUGAUAUGCUUGUGGGAUGUUGGCAUUGAAAUAGUUACACAAAUUUAUAACGUCUUUACUAACAUUUUUAUUUUUAUUUGAAUGAUAAGCAGCUUAACCUUCAUUAUCUGAUUUGCUAUCUGGGAACCAUCUUGAAUACCUAUGUAUGUAAUGGCCGUUAUGAUGAUGAGGAGGAAGAAGUCAUUGAAAGCCCUUAAUCAUUGAAUAAAUUUAGAAAUGUUGGCAAAAAGGAUAUUCCCUUGCAUUACAAAUCCAUUCUUGCCAAAACCAAUAAAUAUAUGGUGUUUCAAUAAGAACUUUACAAGUUUGAAGGCUCAUAAAGAGCUUAGAUAUUGUUCAGUUCCUGCCCAUAUCAGUGUUAUUUAUUUGCUAUGAUAAAUGUUUUCUCACAUUUGUUGAAAGCCUGCACUAUCAAAGCAUCCACUUAAACUAUUAUCUUAGUGUCACACAUCCAAAAACCUCUUUGGGCAGAAAAUUAGUUUAAUAUUUAUAUUCUGAAUUAUUAAUAUAUUAGCAUCAUAACUGAGAUGCAACUUGAAUGACUUUCUGUAUCCAUUUGUUUUGAAAAUGUUUGCACCUUCUGUUAGCUUACUCUUUUAUAUGUUAAAUAUCACUAAAGCAAAAUCUGUGUGUGCAGUCAAGGAUCAUGCAGUAUGUGAGACAUUCUCAUGUCCAGACUGCGGGCUGUGUUUCCACAGUGUGGAGGACCUGAAGGAACAUGCGUGCAUUGAACAGCGUGUGCCCUGCCAGAAGAGCAGCCUCCUGGGUGAAGCAAGCUCUCCCUGUGACCUCAACGAUCACCAGGCAAAUUCUGUCAUCCCCAAGGCCCCUGAAGGAGUCUGUGACCUAAAUGUGGAAAUUGUGACUUGCAUCUGCAAUGUCAAUGCCAAAAUUCCUUGCUCUCUGCCUUCAAAUAUGGAAACUGGUUUUAGCACUGAACAGCAAGUGGAUGAAUGCAAAACUUGUGAGACACUUUCUACUCCAACUGAUUUGACUGGUUCUCAGGAGAUUUGUGUUCAAGGUUGUGCCUCAAAUAGGGACACAGGUGAUAGUGCUGGAAAUAUACACUCCUCAACAAAAUCACCCCUCACUGAUAAACCCUUUAAAUGUAAGGUUUGCAACAAAGCAUUCCGAAUAAAAAACAAGAUGUUAAUCCAUAUGAGAGUACAUACUGGGGAGAAACCUUACCGUUGUAAAAUGUGUGAUAAAAGCUUUAGUGAUCCUUCCAAUUUAGGGAGACAUCAACGCAAUCAUGUGAACUCGUCAAAACCGGACCAUCUUAAAAAACACAAAUGUAAUAUCUGUGACCUGGCUUUCACUCAAGCAUUCAAUCUAAGGCGACACCAACGUAUUCAUAACAAUGAAUUUCCAUUUAAAUGUAAUGAAUGUGAUAAAGUAUUUAAUAGACAUUGCAGUUUGACUGAUCAUGUUAAUCGUGUACAUCAGGAGAAAAAGGAUUGGAAGUGUCAUUGUUGUGGGAAAAUAUUCUCACGUCCUGGUGUUCUGGCUAGGCACCUUCGCUUACAGAAUUGUGGUGUUGGAAAACAAUCAAAAGCAAACCAAACUAUUUUGGAAUGCAAAAUAUGUGAUAAGACAUUUUUACGUCCCUUGGAACUUAGAAGGCAUGUAUGUGAACCUGAAGAAGAAUCUCCUUUUAUUUGUGGCCUGUGUGAUGAGACAUUUAUGCAAAAAUCUAGUUUAAUAGAGCAUUUUCAGCAACAUAGAAAAAUGAAGUUUGCAAGUUGAAUUGCAGUUGUUAAUUUUAUAUGUAAACAGAUUUGUGUGCCUCCUAAAUUUCUAAAAAUUCUGUGUUUUGUUUAAUGAACAAUAUUACAUUGUUCACAGUGCCAAAACUUGUUAUAAAUAUUCUUCCUUUUUGUAUUUGUAAUUAUUUCUUUGUUGGUAAUAUUUAUUAAAAGUAUUCAGAAGAUUUUAGAAUAUUUCCUAAAUAACUCCUGAUUGGGUAUUUAAAGUCUUUACUUUUUACAAUGAAAUAAAUUCUUAUGGCAUCAAAUUUUUAAACUGGAACGUUUAUGCUAGUGAGUAAAGGAGAUUCAGUGACGGAAGAGACCUACUUCCCCUUCAGUUUGUUUGCUUCUCUCCUGCAGCGGCGGGGGCUAUGUUGCUUCGCUCGAAACUACAUUAUUCGAGGUUAGAAAAGCCCCAUCUAGUAUUGUGAAACCAGGUAAAACUUCACGAAGGCAGACUACACCGAGACGGAAAGCUGCCUGUGAGGUUGCCCACGCACUAGAAAUAGUUCAAUGUUUCGAAGUGCCUUUAUGUGCACCAGCCAAGGGUCAUGACUGAAGAGUAAUUACUUCAAUUAGAUCAGUUGCGAAUGCCAUUUGAUGUUUUAUUAACUCGUGAAAUCCUUGUUUAGCAACCAUGAUAGUAAAU